AUGGCGACCAUUGCGCCAACCUCGUACUCCAGAAAUGGGGAAUAUUUAGUUCAUUCUAGUGCUGAUGGUGUUAUAAAAAUCUGGGAAACAGAAACGGGCGUUCUUAGACAAGAAUACACACCAAGUUCACAUCUGUCAGCAGCUUGCACUUGUUUGGUGUGGUGUCCAACGAGGACGUCAGAGGAAUCCCCUCGAAAAAAGAAGAAAAAAAGAAGUCGUCAAAAGUCGGAAAGUGGCAGUGAUGCAGAUUUGAUAGCUCUGGGUACAACAUCUGGUGCGGUUUUACUUUACAGUUACUUAAAUGGGGACCUGCAGACUCAACUGGAGAGCAGUCAUGCUGACCGGAUCAAUGAUGUGUGCUGGUCACCGGACGGUGAGGACGUGUUUGCCUGUUCAAAUGAUCACCAUAUUACACAGUGGGACGUGUCGUCCACAAAAGUCAAACACAAGUGGAAGGCAGAUAAGGGCAUUGUUCAUUCAGUUUGUUGUUCACAUCAGUACCUUAUCUCGGCGGGUCGAUCAAUCAAGCUGUGGAAUUUAUCAACAAAAACAGUUGUUCAGACAUUCACAGGUCAUUCUACAGAAGUUUUUAGGUUGUUACCUGUUCCCAAACUGUUGACAGCGGAUGGAGACAGUUCUGCAAUAGAUAGCUCUUAUUUUUUGUCUGCUGCCUUGAAUGACCGGUUGAUAAAUGUGUGGCAUGUUAAUCCAUCAUCAAAAACCAAAAGUGCUGUAGCAUCCUUCACAUUACCAGAUGAACCGUGCAUGUUGGAUUUGUCCAGAUCUUCAGCUGGAGAUCAGCCUAUCCUGUUAGCUGUUGUCACCAGAGGAGGCCAGCUUCUGAUAUUUGAGCACAUCCUAAAUGGAACGUUAAAAAGGCCACUGCAGGCCAAGUUCACAAUACAGUGUGCGACUCUCGGGGACAAAGAUUCGGUGCCUCGCCCCAUGACUAUCCUGGCUGCUGCACUAGUGAAGGGGACAGAGCCCUCUGUGUUACUGGCCUAUGGAAGCUUCCUAAAGCCAACAUUUGAGAAAGUGGUAUGCAAUGGACAAUCUGACAUUUGUUUAGUGCGAGAAGAUUCGUUAUCCGGUGCCGUAAAGGUGGAAAGCAGUUUAUCUAAAGUGAAAACCCCAGAUGUGUCUAAAGAGGUGACAGAGCUUGCCCCAGGUGUGCUUGUCCCGUCACGCCCCACACAAGAGGAACCCAGUGUCUCUGCCAAGAGGAAGAAGAGGAAGCCUUCAGCCUCUGAGCAGAUGACAAUGGAAGAUCGUUUAAAUGCUAUCAGUAUUGACCAAUCACCUGGAAAGGCUGGGACAGCCCCUCCUAAAGCCGAUGCCCUAGCACUACUCUUAACGCAAGGUCUUCAGAGCCAGGAUAAACUGAUCGUUAAUAACGUGUUACAAAUUAGAAAUGACAUGAUAAUAAGGAACACAGUGAAGAGACUUCCUGCUCCUAUGGUUAUCCCCCUUGUUAAGGAACUCUCACAGAGAAUACAAGGCCAUGCUCAAAGUGGUCACACACUGCUGAAGUGGAUCAAGACAUUAUUGACCAUCCACACCUCUUAUCUCAUGACAUUUCCCGAGCUGGUGGACAAGUUCAGUGGGAUGUAUGAGAUGAUGACGAGUCGGGUGACCAUGUUCUCUAACCUGUCACGGCUUCAGGGAAAACUUAACCUAGUUCUCUCACAGAUCAAAUCCCAGGAUCAGGAAGGAGAAGACACGACAACACAACAGGCUCUUCUCGUCUAUGAGGAUAAUUCCUCAGAUGAUGAGGGUGAAGUAGCGCUUGAUGACCUGAUGGCCAUUCAUUCAGAAUCUGAGGAUAACUGGGAGGACCUGUCUGAUAUGGAAGCUGUAGAUGGCGGUGACGAUAAUGGCAAAGACAUGGAGGAGGAGGAUGACUGAGAUGCGAGCUGUUAGCCUGUGGGUAUAGAGGAUUUGCUUCCUUCACAUCUGUAUCAGACUGUCUCAGUGUAAAAUACGCUCAUGCUUAGGCUGAGAACCAAAAGGGAAGUAAAUGGCGUUUAUCCUCAAAAUGGCAGCCAUUGCUCUCAAGCCUGCAGGCAUGUGGCUAGAUGCUAAAGUUAAGGUUAACGCCAUACAUUUGCCUGGACGGAUGAGGCCUGCGAUUUACAUGUUAGUGUGGCUUGGCAUAAAAGCUGUGCAGGCAGAUUCCAGGGGUAUAGGUGUGAAGACUCCCAACACCAGGCAUCUGGCACAUGGUGUGUAGAGGCACUCAGGAAGAGCAACGGAAGCAUACCCCUGCGUUACCUGCAGUCUGGGUUAAAGUACUCGUGCACAGACCCAGAUGCAAUCUGUAGGAUUCAACAUUGUGUCCAACGGUUACCUGAAGGUAGAGCUGUAUGCUGGAGUGCUGGAGCGCUGGUCACGUAGUGGCAUACUGCUGUUACAAAUGGAUUGAACGUUAUGCCGCAGUGUAAAUCUGUAACAGGAUUUGCAUGGUGAAGUACAGGCAGCCUGUUCGUGGAUGGCCAGAAUAAAGCGUUGUAAAUCAGCGUGCCACAUGUACAGCAUGACCACAGUAAUCGUGUGUCAUCUCAUUAACCCUAACCCAGAGUCCUAAAUAUCAUGCCAUUUUGUUGAAUAGCCUUCAGAAAUUCAGCUGAAAUUUUCACACCAGAAUUACUCUCUCCACUUUAAAAAAAAGUGUUGAUGUGAUAAAUGGUCAUUUUGUACUGUUGAUGGGGGGAGGAUGGCAGUUGCGUCUGCACCCUGGUUCAGAGGUUGUGUUACAAAGGAAUGGAACAGUUGUUGCACUGCCUGUCAGUAUAGGGUUAUACUUCUGAGUUAUGAAAGCAGUUUAACUCGAGGGUAAUGUGAAGAAUUGCAGCCAGGUGGUCUUUGCAAGAUGCCUGACUGGAAAUAUUCUUGCUUUCUGAUCAUUAUUCUGUCUUCAAAUGCAGAUGGCUGAACAUGCCAGUUUACCACCAUUGUAGCAGGGCUUGGAGUAUGAAUUCUAGUAAAUCUGUGAAAUAUUAGAGGACAGCAUGUAGCUGCAGUAUAUGCCAGACUUUGUGAUGACCUCUGGUGGCUAAUUUUUGUAUAGAUAUUAAAGAGAUCAGAUUCUGAAAUAUGUAAAUGGAUUGAUUUAAUCUGGUUUGACAUCUUUUUGUUGUAAGCCCUUAAAAUGAAGUCUAUUGAAAACAAACAAACUCUGUUGCUGAUAAGGCUUUAACACUACCAGCGUUUUCUCCAGACAUGGUCGUUCAAGCAAGCAUGUUUAGUUCUUAACGCAUAUUGGCAAGAUACAAAGAUUGUUCCAGGUGGGGAUGUGUUUGUAUUUAUCAAACUUUGCAAAACUUGAUACCGUUAUUCAGAGAAAUAUACUUGCAUGUAAAGAUAUGGUCUUCAAUCCAAAAUAAUUACUACACAACCACUGGUUUUCUUCAUUAAAUGCAAAAGUUGAACGUUUUAUUACACUGAUGUUUAUUUUGAACAUACAAUUAAAUAAAAGCUGUACACGUUGAGGAAGGAUAAAUAUCUUAUUUCGACCAUGAAUCAUGUUAUUUUAUUACAUGGGUAAAAAUCCUAUGUAGCAGACAUUUUACCAUGAUUAAAAUGGCAUAUAUAAAUACAUAUAAAAUGCGUGUUUUUUUGUCUCUGUGUCUGACACCAGGAUGUCACAUCUUGGUUAUUGGUCCAGUUCUUCACCCGUAUAAUGCAAAGCAAACUUCCUGUUUGUUGAAAUCAGUGUCUUCAUACGUGCACUUAGUCUGACAUCUGUUGAAACAACUCCAAAAACAUAUGAGGGCUGAAAGCAAAUAGCCAAGUUGCCAUUUUCUGUACUCCAGUUAAAGACAGUGGUUUCCUGGACUGCUCUUAGGCCAUCAGAAGUCACCCACUGACAUAAGAAUUGCACUCCCUACUUUAAUGAGAUGCAAAAUCCUGCUUGUCAAGGAGUCUGGGAACAAAAGAAUCUGACAACAUGCAAAUCUCUGUAUGAAGCAUGAAUCUAGAAUCUGACAACAUGCAAAUCUCUGUAUGAAUCUAGAAUUUGACAACAUGCAAAUCUCUGUAUAAAGCAUGCAUUUGCAUAACAUAAAUGUCACACUUUACUACAGCUCUCUUCCUGAUGAUAACCAUGUGUUCAGAUUGACAGGAAUUUUCAAAUGUUAUGCACAGAUAGUUUUCAGCACAGAUAAUUUUGAGCACACAUUGAACUAUAUUGUUUUUUUUUCUGUCGGAUAAGCAUUAUCCUGAUAAUUUGACUCAGUAAGCCACAUGCUGUAGUUUGAGAACACUAUCUUCUGAGCGCUCUGAACAAAUUAAUAACAGCGAUAAUGGCUUCUGGAACAAUAAAAUUGAUAUCUAAAGUACAAUAUCUGAAAGAGUUCAAAAACAAUACUGAGCUAGUUGAAGCACAAAUAGUAGCCUGAAUUAGAUGUCUCUUGUGAGGAGAGCCAGAUGUGGAUGUAGCAGCCUGAAUUAGAUGUCUCUUGUGAGGAGAGCCAGAUGUGGAUGUAGCAGCCUGAAUUAUAUGUCUCUUGUGAGGAGAGCCAGAUG